GAACAAGUGGAGUACGUCUUCCUCAUCAUCUUCACGGUGGAGACGUUCCUGAAGAUCAUCGCCUACGGGCUGGUGCUGCACCCCAGCGCCUACAUCCGCAACGGCUGGAACCUCCUGGACUUCGUCAUCGUCAUCGUGGGGCUUUUCAGCGUCAUCCUGGAGCAGGUGUCCCACAAAACCCGGAGGCUCACCACAUUGAGCGGCAAACCGGGCGGCUUCGACGUCAAAGCUCUGCGCGCCUUCCGCGUCCUGCGGCCCCUCCGCCUCGUCUCCGGGGUUCCCAGUCUCCACAUCGUCCUCAACUCCAUCAUGAAGGCCAUGGUGCCGCUGCUGCACAUCGCCCUGCUGGUUCUCUUCGUCAUCAUCAUCUACGCCAUCAUCGGCCUCGAGCUCUUCAUCGGCCGCAUGCACAAGACCUGUUUCUUCAUCGGCUCUGACCUGGAAUCGGAGGACGACCCUUCCCCCCUGUGCUUUUUUCGGGGCACGGCCCGGGCCUGCCUGCAGAAACAACACGGAGUGCAGGGGCCGCUGGGAGGGCCCCAAUGGUGCAUCACCAACUUUGACAACUUCUUCUUCGCCAUGCUCACCGUCUUCCAGUGCAUCACCCUGGAGGGGUGGACCGACGUCCUCUAUUGGAUGCAGGACGCCAUGGGCCACGAGCUGCCCUGGAUUUACUUCGUCAGCCUCGUCAUCUUUGGCUCCUUCUUCGUCCUCAACUUGGUGCUGGGGGUGCUGAGCGGCAUGUGCCACACGUGCCCAUCCCAUCAGAGAGUUCUCCAAGAGCGUGAGAAGGCCAAAGCACGCGGCGACUUCCAGAAGCUGCGGGAGAAGCAGCAGCUGGAGGAGGACCUGCGGGGCUACAUGGACUGGAUCACACAGGAGCUGAUGGGGAAGCGAAAACCUCGCCUCAAGUGGCUGCGACACCCCAGCCACUCCACCGACACCCACGCCAGCCUCCCCGGCAGCGAGACGACGUCGGUAACACCGAGACAGCGGGGUGAGGAGGAGGCGCAGCCCAAUGCCUGCGACCGCUGCCUGGGCAAAAUUACCAAGACGAAAUUCUGGCGCCGCCUGCGCCGCCUGAACCGGGUUCUGCGCCGGCGGUGCCGCGGCGCGGUGAAAUCCGUCUCCUUCUACUGGACGGUGCUGCUCCUCGUCUUCCUCAACACCCUCACCAUCGCCUCCGAGCACCACGGGCAGCCCCAGUGGCUCACCGAGACGCAAGCCUAUGCCAACAAAGCCCUGCUCUCGCUCUUUGCGGCCGAGAUGGUUCUGAAGCUCUACGCCCUGGGGCCCUCCUGCUACUUCGCCAGCUUCUUCAACCGCUUCGACUGCUUCGUGGUGUGCGGAGGGGUGCUGGAAACGGCCCUGGUGGAGCGCGGCGCCAUGGAGCCCCUGGGCAUCUCCGUGCUGCGCUGCGUGCGCCUGCUGAGAGUCUUCAAGGUCACCAGGCACUGGGCGUCGCUGAGCAACCUGGUGGGCUCGCUGCUGAACUCCAUGAAGUCCAUCGCAUCGCUGCUGCUGCUGCUCUUCCUCUUCAUCAUCAUCUUCGCGCUGCUGGGCAUGCAGCUCUUCGGUGGCCGCUUCAGCUUCGACGAGACGCAGACCAAGCGCAGCACCUUCGACACCUUCCCUCAGGCCCUGCUCACCGUCUUCCAGAUCCUAACUGGGGAGGACUGGAACGCGGUGAUGUAUGAUGGGAUCAUGGCUUAUGGUGGGCCUGUCUUCCCUGGGAUGCUCGUCUGCGUCUACUUCGUCAUCCUCUUCAUCUGUGGGAACUACAUCCUCCUAAACGUCUUCCUGGCCAUCGCGGUGGACAACCUUGCGGAUGGAGAUAACAUCAACUCGGGGGCAGAGGGCAAGAAGGACAAAGCCGGGGAGGUGGAGGCCAACGUGGGGAGCCAGGAUGUGAGCGUGAAGGUCGAACGGGAGCAGCAGGAGGAGGAGGAAGAAGAAGAGGAUGAGGAGGGCAGUGAGGAAGGUGAUGAAGGGGCCGGGGGGGAGCGGGACAGCCUGGGGGGGCAACGGCUGGAGAGCCUGGAGGAGCCCCCCAAGAACAAAGUGGCACCGAUCCCCGAGGGCAGCGCCUUCUUCCUGCUGGGCAGCACCAACCCGCUGCGGGUGCGGUGCCACGCUCUCAUCCACCACCACGUCUUCACCAACCUCAUCCUCGUCUUCAUCAUCCUCAGCAGCGUCUCGCUGGCCGCCGAGGACCCCGUGCGCGCCCACUCGCCCCGCAACCACAUCCUGGGCUACUUCGACUAUGCCUUCACCUCCAUCUUCACCGUGGAGAUCCUGCUGAAGAUGACGGCCUUCGGCGCCUUCCUGCACAAAGGCUCCUUCUGCCGCAACUGGUUCAACCUCCUCGACCUGCUGGUGGUCGGCGUCUCCCUCAUCUCCUUCGGCAUCCACUCCAGUGCCAUCUCAGUGGUGAAAAUCCUGCGGGUGCUGCGCGUCCUGCGGCCCCUGCGAGCCAUCAACCGUGCCAAGGGCCUCAAGCACGUGGUGCAGUGCGUCUUCGUGGCCAUCCGCACCAUCGGCAACAUCAUGAUUGUCACCACGCUGCUGCAGUUCAUGUUUGCCUGCAUCGGGGUGCAGCUCUUCAAGGGCAAGUUCUACAGUUGCACCGAUGAGGCCAAGCACACGCCUGGGGAGUGCAAGGGCACCUUCCUGGUGUACAAGGACGGGGACGUGUCCCACCCGUCGGUGCGCGAGCGCCUGUGGCACAACAGCGACUUCAACUUCGACAACGUGCUGGCAGGCAUGAUGGCCCUCUUCACCGUCUCCACCUUCGAGGGGUGGCCCGCGCUGCUGUACAAAGCCAUCGACGCCAACGCGGAGGACCAGGGCCCCAUCUACAACUACCGGGUGGAGAUCUCCAUCUUCUUCAUCGUCUACAUCAUCGUCAUCGCCUUCUUCAUGAUGAACAUCUUCGUCGGCUUCGUCAUCAUCACCUUCCGUGCCCAGGGCGAGAGCGAGUACCGUAACUGCGAGCUGGACAAGAACCAGCGGCAGUGCGUGGAAUACGCGCUGAAGGCGCAGCCGCUGCGGCGCUACAUCCCCAAGAACCGCACGCAGUACCGCGUCUGGGCCAUGGUCAACUCCACUGCCUUCGAGUACAUCAUGUUCGUCCUCAUCCUGCUCAACACCAUCGCCCUGGCCGUGCAGCACUACGAGCAGUCCAAGCCCUUCAACUACGUGAUGGACCUUCUCAACAUGGUGUUCACCGGGCUCUUCACCGUGGAGAUGGUGCUCAAGAUCAUCGCCUUCAAACCACGGCAUUACUUCUGUGAUGCCUGGAACACCUUUGACGCCCUCAUCGUGGUGGGCAGCGUGGUGGACAUCGCCGUCACCGAGGUCAACAGCUCAGAGGACAGCUCCCGCAUCUCCAUCACCUUCUUCCGGCUGUUCCGCGUCAUGAGGUUGGUGAAGCUGUUGUCCAAAGGCGAGGGCAUCCGCACGCUGCUCUGGACCUUCGUCAAGUCCUUCCAGGCCUUGCCCUACGUCGCGCUGCUCAUCGCCAUGAUCUUCUUCAUCUACGCUGUCAUUGGCAUGCAGACCUUUGGGAAGGUGGCUCUGCAGGAUGGGACCCAGAUCAACCGUAACAACAACUUCCAGACCUUCCCCCAGGCCGUGCUGCUGCUCUUCAGGUGUGCCACGGGGGAGGCCUGGCAGGAGAUCAUGCUGGCCAGCCUGCCUGGCAAGCGCUGCGACCCCGAGUCGGACGCAGGACCCGGCGAGGAGUUCACCUGCGGCAGCAACUUCGCCAUCGUCUACUUCAUCAGCUUCUUCAUGCUCUGCGCCUUCCUGAUCAUCAACCUCUUCGUGGCCGUCAUCAUGGACAACUUUGACUACCUGACACGGGACUGGUCCAUCCUCGGCCCCCAUCACCUGGAUGAGUUCAAGCGUGUCUGGUCCGAGUACGACCCAGCUGCCAGGGGCCGCAUCAAACACCUGGACGUGGUGACGCUGCUGCGCCGCAUCCAACCCCCGCUGGGCUUUGGGAAGCUGUGCCCACAUCGUGUCGCCUGCAAGCGCCUGGUAGCCAUGAACAUGCCCCUCAACUCAGAUGGCACCGUCACCUUCAACGCCACGCUGUUUGCCCUGGUCCGCACCUCCCUCAAGAUCAAGACAGAAGGGAACCUGGAUGUGGCCAACAAGGAGCUGAGGGCUGUCAUCAAGAAGAUCUGGAAGCGGACGAAGCCCAAGCUGCUGGAUGAGGUCAUCCCGCCUCCUGAGGAGGAGGAGGUGACCGUGGGGAAGUUCUAUGCCACUUUCCUCAUCCAGGAUUAUUUCCGCAAGUUCCGGCGGCGGAAGGAGCGGGGGAUGCUGGGCCCCAGCGCCAGCCCCAGCAACGAACGCGCCCUGCAGGCUGGGCUGCAGACCCUGCAGGCGUUGGGCCCCGAGAUGCGGCGGGCGCUGAGCUGUGACCUGGGGGAGGAUGGAGGGGGGGGAGCAGAGGAGGAAGAGGAGGAGGAAGAGCAGCUGACCUACGCAGCACCUGAAGCUCUGUAUGGCUCCGCCCCUGACUCCCCGGGGAUGGGGGAUGCUCCCAAGGCCCCCCCCAGCCCCAGCGAAGGGGAAGAGCCCGCAGCCCCCCCCCACGGUGUAACCCAGCGGCACGGGGGCAGGCAUUCGGCUGGGGGUUCUGGCUCCCUCCCUGCUGCUGGGCAGGAGGAGCCCCCCGAGGAGCGGGAGGAGCCGGGGGACGUUGGAGGCGAGGAGGAAAUGCAGGGAGCGGCCCCGCGGCUGUCGUGGGCAGCAGACAGCAGGCUGCCGGGACCCACAGCUGCCCCCCAGCCCCCGCGCUGGGCAGGAGUAGCUCAGAGGGGGGGAUCGCUGCCGCUGCCCAACCGGCACUUCGCGCUGCGCGUCCCCGGGGGAACCAUGGAGGGGCAGCAGCUAAAACGGCGCCGCCUGCUGCCGCCGACCCCGGCCGGCCGGAAGCCAUCUUUCACCAUCCAGUGCCUGAGACGCCAGGGGAGCUGCGAGGACGAACCCAUCCCAGGCACCUACACCCCGUCUGGGCCACCCGGUCCAGCCAGGCCGCAGGGCUACGGCAGCUCCGAGACGUGGCGCCUGGGCUCGUCCUCCCACGCCUGGGCCACGGCCCCCGCGCGCGGCCACGUGCUCUACGCUCCCCUCAUCCUGGUGGAAGGAGGAGCCCCCCCGGGGGGCUCGGCGGGCGGCAGCCUCCCCCCGCUGUCCCGCUGGUUCCCCUCGGGUCCCUCCGCCUGCGGGAGCCGCUGGGGCCGCGGGUCGGCCGACAGUUUGGUGGAGGCUGUUCUGAUCUCGGAAGGGUUGGGGUUAUUCGCCCGCGACCCCAAAUUCGUGGCCGUGGCCAAACGGGAGAUCGCGGACGCUUGCGAAAUGACGAUGGACGAAAUGGAGAGCGCUGCUGCAGACCUGCUGACCAGGAGGCACCACGGCCCACCCCCGCCCCACAGCGCCGCUGCUGCCGUCUACAGCGACGAGGAGACGCUGCGGGCAGCGCCAGGAGAGGAGGAGCUGGCGGAUGAGAUGGUGUGCGUGGGGGGACCCUAAAUGGGGGAGGGCUGAGGGCGGAGGGAAUCAGAAAGGGGGGCUGUACUUCAACAGAGCGGUGUUCUGCAUCAGAAAGCGGUGGUUGGUGAGAAGGGGGGGGGGG